GAGGAAGGAUCAUGUGACAUAGUAAGAAGCCGUCACAUAAACAUUGCCCAGCACAAAGCUGUUUAACUAGUAACAGCGUCCGUGCUUAUUUUCCUGAAGAUUGACAUAUAUUAAGAGUAGACUGCAUAUCAGCCUAAAUGAGCGUUUUGUGGGAAGAACACGCGGUUUGUAGAUGAGCAGCGUUAUGGAGAUAGAGAUCUGCUGCCACCUACACACUGAGUGUACACUAUUAAUACAUGCACAGUGGAUGGGAAGCACUGGCUGUGACCUCCUCCUCUUCAUGCAUAUAGAUCCUCCUCCUAACCAGGACCAGCAAGUUGUCAAGAGAAGGUGUCUUUGAGUGGUGGCUGCGUUAGAGAUGUACUCACCACAGAGGAAGGACUUUGUCUCUCUGACGCUUGGAGAGCAGCACAGCCGCAGAUACACCAACAGCAAGCACCGGAGACAGUCCUGCUGGAGGAAAUGGAAGCAGCUCUCUCGGCUUCAGCGCAGCCUGAUUCUUUUCCUGCUGGCCUUCCUGUUUAUCUGUGGGAUUCUUUCCUAUCCCAGCCUGACAGAGCAGUGGAGAGGACUCUCUGAUAGAUCGUUGAAGGAGGACUGGGUUGAAAUGGAUAACCAAGGUCUCAGGCCCAUUCCUCCUGUCUUCGUCCCAAAGCUCCCACCAGGAGUUGUCCCGGGGGUCCAGGACAUCCCACCAGAAGUGAUGCCUGAAAUUCAAAGACCAAGCAUUCCAUUACUUCCCAAACCUCCAGCUAUGAGGAAGCCCCCUAGCAAGCGUGGUCCUCCAGCACUGCAGAAGCGAGGGAAUGUGUCAGACUGGCAGCUGAAAGAUGGAGAAGAAGCCACGGUCAAGAGAGAUGAAGAUGGAGGGAAAGAAGCAAAAACAGUCAUUAGCUGGCGUGGGGCGAUGAUCGAGGCGGAGCAGGGGACGGAGCUUCAGUCUACUGCACAUGGAAAAGAAGGAACCGAGGCUGAUGCCGAGGAUGCUGCCAACUUAAAACCAGUGAAGGCCGUGGAUCGUGUUGAUGCAGUGCUGGAGGCCUUCAGGCACGCGUGGAAGGGCUAUAAGGCCUUUGCUUGGGGUCAUGAUGAACUGAAACCCGUAUCUAAGACCCAUGGAGAGUGGUUCGGCCUGGGCCUCACUCUCAUAGAUGCACUGGACACCAUGUGGAUCUUGGGACUUAAAGACGAGUUUGCUGAGGCCAGAAAGUGGGUUGAGACAGAAUUGUCCUUUUCCAAGAAUGUGGAUGUGAAUCUUUUUGAGAGUACCAUCCGUAUAUUGGGGGGUCUCUUGAGCACAUACCACCUGACUGGUGACACUCUCUUCCUGGAUAAAGCUAAAGACAUUGGGUCCAGAUUAAUGCCUGCCUUCAAAACCCCGUCUAAAAUCCCCUACUCUGAUGUGAACAUUGGUGAAGGAACUGCUCACCCUCCACGCUGGACCACAGACAGCACAGUCGCAGAGGUGACCAGCAUUCAGCUGGAGUUCAGAGAGCUCAGCAGACUCACAAAGGACCCGCAGUACCAGAAUGCAGUGGAGGAGGUGACCAGACAGGUCCACCGAUUGGAGGGAAAGCAUGACGGUCUGGUGCCCAUGUUCAUCAACACAAACAGUGGGAAAUUCACACGUCGAGGGGCCUUUACGCUGGGGGCCCGUGCGGACAGCUACUAUGAGUACCUGCUCAAACAGUGGCUACAAAGUGGCAAGAAAGAAACUGAGCUGCUGGAGGACUAUCUUCAGGCUAUAGAAGGUGUCAGAAAGAAUCUCUUGAGACAGACCUCUCCUAGUAAACUGACCUUUGUUGGGGAGCUGUCCAACGGCCGUCUCAAUCUCAAAAUGGAUCAUUUGGUGUGUUUUCUUCCUGGCACGCUGGCUCUCGGUGUUCACAACGGCCUGCCUGCUGAUCACAUGGAGCUGGCUCUGCAGUUGAUGGAGACGUGCCAUCAGAUGUAUGCACAGAUGGAGACGGGCCUGAGCCCAGAGAUUGCUCACUUUAACCUGCAGUCCAACAACGGGCGGGACAUAGAUGUGAAGCCUGCAGACAGACACAACUUGCUGAGACCUGAGACCGUUGAGAGUCUGUUCUACAUGUACAGAUUCACCAAGGACAGCAAAUACAGGGACUGGGGCUGGGACAUAAUGCAAAGUUUCAACAAGUACACCAGAGUCCCCAGCGGGGGCUAUACCUCUAUAGGUAACGUCCGUGACCCAUUGAACCCUGCGCCCAGAGAUAAGAUGGAGAGUUUCUUCCUGGGUGAGACGCUAAAGUAUCUCUUCCUCCUGUUCUCUGACGACAACGAGCUGAUCAGUCUGGAUAAGUAUGUGUUCAACACCGAGGCCCAUCCGCUGCCCAUAUGGCCCUCCACCUCGUGAGGGUGGAGGACAGAAUUAAGCCAAUCCUCACUUGCAGUGAUGCAGGCUUCCAAAGGAAGUGACCCUUCAGAGUUUCUCUGCAGGAAUGUUUCUGCUCUAAACUAAGGUGGCAGGUUACACACCAAUCUUUAACUGUGCAUUUGAGAAUUAUUUGAAUGCGGUGACGCCCUUUAUUCAGCAAGAAGAUUUGGAUUCACCUAGAUUUGGUGGCAGUUUUAUGGGUGGUAAAAUAACUUAAAUAUUGUUUCCACUUUAUAUUUUACAAGACAUUAACCUUGGGAUGCCUGAAAAGUGUGACACUCUUGCAUGUUGGACAAGCCCAUUCAGCUGCCGCAAUUUUUAGAUGUUCCAUCUUCCAUAUUUGGGAAAGAAAAAAUUGGUGUCGUAAAUCACACGGCAGACUGCUGAAAUCACACACUGUAAAAAACACCAAGCACUUUUGUAAAAAAAAAUUGACAUUUUUUCUAUGCGUACAGAUGGAUGAUCUCAAUGUGAGUGGCUCGCCUUUAUUUUUGCAGGCUGUUACAAAAUGUUUCCCUUUUGUGAGAGUCAGGAUGCAUUAGGGAACAUAUUGAGUACUUUACAGAUUAUCAUCUUAAAAUUUAUUUGGGAACCCUCUGGGGUUAUGUAUUUUUCUGUUAUUUAUGUUGACUUUAGUGUGCGUACUUCAGUGAAUGGUAAUGAUUCGAUGUACUGGAUGCCGCCCAAAGCCCUGCUUGAAUUGCUGCACUGUAGAUUUACUUUAUUAUUUACACUAUUUUGAAGCUGUUGUGUGGCACUGGAUGCUACAUUUAGCUGUACUGCAUUCAGAUGUGUAUAAAUGUUCAUUUGUUCAUUCAAAUUUCACAGCAAAACUACACUGAAAACAUUGUAUGAAGGAUAAACUGUGUCUGAUCAACCGUCAAGAUUACAUUAAAGCUACAACAUUUCCCUUGUCAUAUUAGAACGCAGUGGUAAUUUAUAUCCCCACGCUGCCAUCUGUUUCAAUAUUUUAGAUGAUUGUAGACAUUAAAUGAAUGAAAACACCAUAAUUUACUUAAUCCAAACCUAAAAAACUUACUUCCUAGCCAUUUCUGAAUGAAUUUCUCCUUUAAUGUUCCACAAAAGAAAGUUUUACAGGUUUGGAAUGACAUGAAAGUGAAUAAAUGAUCACAUAAAUUUCAUUUUAGGUGAA